CAAAGAUGGCGGACUAGCUGACAUAAUAGUGUCACGAUCUUUUUUAUAUGAUAGACGUUUUAACACAUUGAAGUGUUGUGGAGGGAAAUAAGAAAAUCUAGAUAUGUUGAAUAGCAUGUUGCCUARUACUCUAUACUGAUUUUCCACAAUGAAUGCACUACUGAGAGGGGUUUUUGGCCAUUCAAAGAUUUCGUGCWAUCCUMAGUUAGKAAGAGGUUAUCAUUCUAUUUGGCGGUCAUUUGACACUAGAACUUUAAGCACGGCAUUUAUGCACCAACUAAAACGAUUGGACAAGUGUGAAGCUUCAUAUUCCGUUUGGAAGAGAUCAUUUAGKGCCUAUACAACAUCUCUUGGCAAGAUAAAUAGAAAUAGCCGUCAAUUGUUUGUUUAUUCAUUAUAUCCACUGUUAAAGCAUGGAGCUGGAAAUGAAGGGUUUUAUAGAUUGUUUUCAACAAGUUUUCAGAGGGCAUCUCAAGAAAAUCCUUCUAAUAAACCCAAGGAGAAUGAACCUAAAUUAGGAGAAGAUCCUAAUCAAGGAGGUUGGAUCCAGAUUCUUCCAUGGAUAGUUUUAGCAGCAUUCUACUUACUAACAGCAGGWACAGAUCCAACACCAGAAACAACAUGGACAACAUUUUAUAGAGAAAUGCUAUCAAAYGGAGAGGUUGAACAUUUAGAGGUCCCUGCAUCACAAGAUAAAGUAUAUGUAUUCUUACACAGGGGAGCAUUGGUAGCAGGAAAAGAGGUCUAUUCUUAUGGACCACACUAUGUAUUUAGUAUUGCCAGCUUGGAUAGUUUUGAACAAAAAAUGACCCAAGCACAAAAAGAGUUAAAGAUUGCACCUCAGGAGUAUAUCCCAAUAAAAUACAGAGCACAAAAUGAACUUCUAUCUAGUUUACUGGGAGCAGCAACAGCAAUAGCCUUUAUAGGUUUAGCUUGGUAUUUGCUUGCUGGUAGAAGAGCACCAGGAGGUGGAAGUAAGGGUGGUAUUAUGGGAGCAAAUCCUUUUUCCAACUAUAUCAAGGCCAAGGCAACAGUAGUGAUGCCAGGAACAGGUCAUGGUGUUACGUUCAAAGAURUUGCUGGCAUGAAUGAAGCCAAGCAAGAAGUCAUGGAGUUUGUUGAUUAUCUUAAAUCUGCAACAAGAUAUACCCAGCUUGGUGCUAAGAUUCCUAAGGGAGCUCUUUUAGUUGGCCCACCAGGGACGGGCAAGACAUUGUUAGCCAAAGCAGUUGCUACAGAGGCUGAUGUUCCUUUCCUUUCAAUGGCUGGAUCAGAUUUUGUGGAAAUGUUUGCUGGUGUUGGRUCUGCUAGAGUUAGGGAUUUGUUUGCAAGAGCAAGAAAACUUUCUCCUUGUAUUGUGUACAUUGAUGAAGUUGAUGCCAUUGGYCGUUCAAGAAAGUCCACUCAGUCUAUGGGUGGGCACAAUGAGCAAGAAAAUACUUUGAAUCAGCUCUUGGUAGAAAUGGAUGGUAUWAAUACAGUAGAAGGUGUUGUCAUGCUUGCAUCAACAAAUAGAGCUGAUAUACUAGACCAGGCAUUACUACGACCUGGUCGCUUUGAUCGCCACAUUGCCAUAGACUUGCCAACUCUACCUGAAAGACUGGCAAUAUUUGAAGUCCAUCUGAAAAAGUUGACUCUUGGAAAACCCAUCAAAGAUUACUCCAGGAGGCUGGCUGAAUUAACACCAGGCUACAGUGGUGCUGAUAUUGCAAACAUCUGUAAUGAAGCUGCUUUGCAUGCUGCCAGGUUAAAUGAAAAAACUGUUGAUGUCAAAAACUUUGAGUAUGCRGUGGAAAGGGUCAUUGCAGGCAUGGAGAAACGCAGUAACACUAUGUCACCAGAAGAAAGAAAAACUCUUGCAUUUCAUGAGGCAGGCCAUGCUGUUGUUGGCUGGAUGCUUGAACAUACUGACCCAUUACUCAAGGUAUCCAUUGUUCCUCGUACUAACUCUACACUUGGUUAUGCCCAAUAUUUGCCAUCAGACCAGAAACUUUAUACCACAGAACAGCUUUUUGAUCGCAUGUGCUUAGCUUUGGGUGGAAGGGCAGCAGAAAGCAGGAUUUUCAGAAAAGUCACAACUGGAGCUGAAGAUGACUUGAGAAGAGUCACAGAUAUGGCCUACAGACAGAUAGUGACAUUUGGUAUGAAUGACCGGGUUGGAAACAUUUCUUUCCCUGUCAAGAGAUCUUCAGAGUUUGGCAAAAAGCCUUACAGUGAUCAACUGGCAUUGGUGAUUGAUGAAGAAGUACGUUUGCUAGUAGGACGAGCGUUUGUKAGAACACAAGAAAUACUGGACAAGAACCAUGACAAAUUACUCAAGUUAGCUGAAGCACUUCUUGAUAAAGAAGUACUGAAUUAUGACGACAUUGCAGUCCUGAUUGGGGAGUGUCCAUAUGGAGAUAAAAGACACAAAAUAGACUCCAAGACUACUGCAGACCCUUUCAACACAGAAAAACAGUUACCAAAUGUGUGAAUAUCUGUGAUAAUCAUCCUGAAACCCAUUUAAGUGGCAUAGAUGUUACCAUGUCUACAAUAACGAUUGUUGUAAAUAAAAUAAAUCAAAAACUGAUAAAGAUUAAAAAAAAAAUGAUAUAAAAAGUGA